UGGUGUUGUUCCCAUUCAUUCUCACUUCAACACAAUGCCAUCUGACAAUGAAACUUCGACGAUGAAGAUUCGGAGGAAGCCAACAUGGAGGGAGAAAGAGAAUAACAAAAUGAGAGAAAGAAAAAGGAGAGCCAUAACAACAAAUAUAUUCAAUGGACUUCGAGCUCAGGGGAACUAUAAUUUGUCAAAAAACUGUGACACCAAUGAGGUCCUCAAAGCUCUCUGCAACGAAGCUGGCUGGGAAGUCGAACAAGAUGGAACCACCUAUCGCAAGGGAAAUGGCAAGCCUCCACUAUACAAUGAUGCAGGCACAUCCACUAGAGCUAUCCCUUUCCCUUACUCACCAAAUCCAAGUCUUGUUCCUCCAUCUUUUCCAACUCCAACUCCUUCAUACCAAUUGAAUCCUAUGUAUUUUCCUUCUGUGAUGAUGUCAAGCAAUUCCCCUAUGACACCUCCUAUCUACUCGCAGAUAUCAAAAGAUGCCAAAUCAACUCCAACAUGGGAUUCCAUUUCCAAAGAAUCUAUGGACUUUUCCAAUUACCCUUUUGCUACAUCUUCCACCCCAGCUAGCCCCAAACACCAAAAUAUGCAUACCUCAAUGAACUUCCAACCUUUUGCACAAUCUCCACCCAAGGUGCCAACUACUUCUUCCUUCAAAAUAUUUGGGGUUCAGGUACAACCUAGGAUUGGAAAAGAAAAUCAUGGUGAGAGGUUCAAUGAUUUGGAACUCACCCUUGCAAUUGGGAAAGGAAGGAAUUAGGCAUCUAUGGGAGUUUUACAUGAUUUGAGUUAUGUGAGAAUGAGACAUGAAGAUUGUGUUUGAUGGGUUUUGUUGUUUUUCCAACUUGUUUUGGUAUGUAUUUUGUUUUAAUUCGUGGAUGAUUUGUUUCUUUGUUUGUGGAUGGUUUGGUACUUUGCUUCCAUUUUGAUUUUUCCUAAAUGAUGUCAUGUGUGCUAUCCUAGCACAAUUUAUCAUGGUAAGUACAAAAGUCUUUUUAUAUUA